AUGACGCUGGAGAGGCUGGCGCGAGGCGUGAUCGAUAGGCCGGCCGGAGGAGGACGGCGAAUUCAACGAACACAGAAAGCAGUGUCACCACGCUGGAGUUACGCCCUCUUCAACGCUCAAGACUCUGUCACCGUCUCCCUCAUCAACCUUCUUGAUACGGAGGUCGACUCUAUCAUGGGAAUCGAAAUGGCCGCCUACUCCGUACAUUGCAUUGCAAAUCCACUUAUUGCUGUCAUCCGCGACCGACGCCUCGAAAGCACACUGGCGCAUAUACUAAUGCGCAACAAGCGGCACACACCGGACCAAGAGCUUAUCGUGGCGCUGAUGAGGGAUCCACCACCACCGUAUUCCACAUAG